AUGGAUAUAAAUUUGACUCCUAGACUUAAUCUUGAAUUUGACAACAUAGAAGACUCAUGGAAAUUUUGGCAAGAUUAUGGAAGGAGAACAGGUUUUGGUGUUCGCAAAGAGAGAUUUAAUAAAAGUAAAAAGGAUCAGUCAUAUUUAAGUUAUCUAUAUGUUUGUCGUAAAGAGGGGGUGCAAAAACUCGACAAACGAGACAAAUACACUAAGAAUCCUAGACCUGAGACAAGAUCAGGUUGCCAAGCUAGAAUGAAAGUUGUACAAGUAAAUGGAAAAUACAAAGUAAGUGAAGUUUUUCUUGAUCAUAAUCAUGACCUCCAGCCCCCUGAAGCUGUCCACAUGUUUCCAUCAUUUCGUGAACUAACAUCGGCUCAAGCUUUUGAAUUAGAAACUGUUGAGAAAGCUGGGAUUAAUCAAAAGUCAUCAUUUAAGUUGAUGAGUGAAUAUGCAGGAGGAAGAACCAAUCUGGGAUAUACAAGAACUGAUGUAAAGAAUUAUCUUAAUUCAAAAAGACAACGAGCUAUGUCAUAUGGUGAAGCUGGAUCCAACAAUGCCUACCUCAAGUUUGAUCUGUCGGAUAUCAUGUAUGGUGGAGGAGAUUUUCCAGUAGAGAGGGCAGCCCAUAUAGAAGAAAAGAAGAAAGAAUAG